AAAAUGCACGCACGUGACCCCGCUUUCGCUGUUCAGCAAGCGCCAGACGCCGGCUGCGGGCUUGCCCACAUCAACGUUCGCCAGAACACAUCCGCCGACAUGUCUGACACAGAGGAACAGACCACAUGGCCCCCGACUCGGGUGAUCGAGAAUAUCGUCUACUGCCAAGUGUGCUCGCUCCCUCCAGAGUAUUGCGAGUUCAGCGGAAGCAUCGAUAAAUGCAAGGCAUGGCUGCAGAGCAACCAUCCGGAUCUGUACGAUAAGAUCUGGGCCGAAAGCGUCGCCACGGUGGACGACCCGGAUGCUGCCAAGAAGCAGAAAAAAGAGGAGGCCAAGGCUGAAAGGGCCGAGAAAUUAAAGCAGAGCGCCAAGGUCACUAUCAAGCGAGUGGAGCGCACCAAGCGCAAGUGCGUGAUUGUUGUCACCGGCCUGGAGAGCUUCAACAUCGAUCUCAAAAAGGCUGCCAAGAUCUUUGCCAGCAAGUUUGCGUGUGGAUCGUCCGUCACAAAGAACGCUGCCGGCCAAGACGAGAUUGUGGUUCAGGGCGACGUCCAAGACGAUCUGUUUGAACUCCUCCUCGAGAAGUACCCUGAGAUCACCGAGGAUCAAGUCGAGCUGACCGAAGACCAGAAGAAGAAGAAGUAGGAGGGGCUCGCGCUGUUCCAGGGCCUGCAAUGUUCCGGGGCCCACGAUACAGCUCGUCCGGCACACGCUGGUUCUGACGAUCUUUGGUCGAUCAAGCCCGCCUGGGAGCUGUGGCUCGGGCUCAUGGCAAUAUACUUUACUCGGUCAAGAAACGAA